AUGAGCAACUCCACGGACUUCCAAGAACCAAGGCUUCUGCCUGCCCUCCUUGACCACCGUGCAGCACGCCAGCCAGACCAAGUAUGGGCCAAGUUCCCCGUCUCGCCCACCUCCUACGAACAGGGAUUCCGGGCUGCAACCUACUCCCAGAUGCGCAAGGCCGUGGACUCCGUGGCGUGGCUCUUUGACGCAAGCAUUGGGAGCCGUCGGAUGUUCGAUACCCUCGCUUAUAUGGGUCCCGGUGAUCUUCGGUACCAUAUCGUCCUCCUGGCAGCCAUCAAGACCGGACACAAGCCAUUUUUCCCUUCUCCCCGAAACAGCAUUGCAGCCCAGAAGCAUCUUCUCUCGCGCUUGGAUACACGCGUCUUGGUGACCACCGACCCCGAGCCACCGUUCGUUGCGAGCCUCCGGCGUGAAUACCCGAUCGAAGUGAUCCAUAUCCCAUCCCUAGACGAUCUUCUCGCGAGUCAGGAUGUUUCUGCGUACCCGUACGAAAAGACAUUCGAAGAGGCCCGGAACGAGCCUGCCUUUGUCCUGCACACUUCUGGGUCCACGGGCAUUCCGAAGCCGUUGAUCUAUACCCACGAGUUUGUCUGGCGCAUGUACGCAGCCACCACUCUGCCGCCGCCCGAUGGACUGACGCGCAUCGAUCAAUACUUCCUACAGGGCGAGUGGUUCUCCUUCUUACCGGCUUUCCACAUUGCCGGUCUGGGCUUCGCAAUGAUCUUGUCAAUGUACAGCCAGAGUGUCCCAGUCUUGCCCCUUCCUGGCCGCCCCCCAUCGACCGAUGCCUUCCUGGAGGCCGUCAAACACGGCACGUUCAACUGGGCGUUCGUCGUCCCUGUCAUUCUCGAUGAUCUCAGCAAAGACCCCGCUGCGCUGGACCUCGUCGCCAGCAAGCUCCAGUACAUCUUCUACACGGGCGGUGCUCUCCCAUCAGCCGCAGGCAAGAUCGUUUCAUCCGAGAUCCCCGUCUUCUCGGGGCUGGGCUCCAGCGAAUUCUCUGCUCUCCCUCAGCUGCGCAUCGCCGAUCCCUCUUUCACCGAGACCUGGCAGUAUCUCUACAUCCACCCAACCGUGCAGCCGCAGUUCCGGCAGCGCAUGGAUGACCUACACGAGCUGGUCCUCGUGCGGUCAGCCCAAAAUCUGGAGGCACAGCCUAUCUUUGCGAUGUUCCCGGGUCUCGACGAGUACGAGACAAGGAACCUGUUCAGCCCUCACCCGACGCUUCCAAACCUCUGGAGACACCGCGGCCGCCGGGAUGAUAUUGUUGUCUUUCUGAACGGCGAGAAGACAAACCCGGUGACGUUUGAGCAGCAAGUCUCGCGACAUCCGGAUGUCCGGUCAGCGCUUGUUGCCGGCAGUCAGCGCUUCGAGGCCUGUUUGUUGAUUGAGCCUGUGACGACAGAGGUCUUGAGCGAUGCGGCAAAGGCUGAGCUGAUUGAGGCAGUCUGGCCGGUUGUUGAAGAAGCCAAUGCUCAGUGUCCAGCACACGCACAAGUGUCAAAGCCAAAGAUCCUGGUUCUGGAUGCUGCACAACCCAUGCUGCGGGCUGGGAAGGGCACCGUGCAGCGCGCGGGGACUAUCCAGCUCUACCAGGACGAGAUUGACGCUCUGUACGAGGAGACGCAAAUACAGGAGCCCCCGAAGCAGAAACUAAGCAGCCUGCAGGAAGCAAUCCAGGUUUUGCGAACACUAGUUGCGGAAGUGACAUCCUGGAGCGAGUUCGAGAAUCACGCUGACUUCUUCGCCUUGGGCAUGGAUUCACUGCAGGCAUUGCGUCUUACUGCUGCCAUUCGGUUUACACUAGCCGUAUUUCUCUCGCCAAGUGCCAUAUACGCGAGCGCGUCAAUCGAUCGGUUAGCGACCGUGCUUUACUCCGAUACUCCUGCAGACACCGGGGAUGAUCGCAUGAUUACCAUGUCGCGCCUGCUCCACAGUUACGAGCACCAUAUUGAUCAACUCGCUUCGGGCCCAAAUACUGCAGAUAUAGCAGCACAGGCACUCCCUGUGCCACAGGUUAUCAUCUUGACAGGUUCGACAGGUAUCGUCGGGUCAUUCCUCCUCGACCACCUCCUAGCCACCCCAGGGAUUUCGCACAUCUAUUGUCUUAACCGUGCUCGUCCUCAGGAGGAAGAUCCCCGGUCCUCCCAAGCUGCGGGCCACAAGCGAAAGAAUCUCACUCACGCUCUUUCCGAGGAGAAAGUCACCUUCCUUACAGUCGAUCUAGCCAAAGACAGACUUGGUCUUGACGCCGACGAUUACAACGCCCUGGUCAGCUCCGUAACGCAAAUCAUCCAUGCCGCCUGGCCGGUGAACUUCAUCCAGCCACUGCACUCCUUCAAGCCGAGUCUUGCCGGGCUGCUGAACCUGAUCGCUCUCACACGGGAAGGCCGAUGCCGUCCAUCCCUCCUGUUCUUAUCCUCCAUCGCCGCCGUCAGCUCCUACAAGGCCCUGCCUGGCGCAGGCGCAUGGAUUCCCGAGGAAAUCAUUACCGACCCGCUGUGUACAGCAACCAUGGGCUACGGGGAGAGCAAGUACGUCGCCGAGCGGAUUCUGGACUACGCGUGCCGGAAACUCUCUACACCUUGUGCGAUUGCGCGCGUCGGUCAAAUCUGCGGGACUGCAACGAAUCCGCGCGGCUGGAACAAGUCCGAAUGGUUGCCCAGCUUGGUUGUUAGCUCGCUCGAUCUGGGCGCCUUGCCUUCCUCCCUCGGGGGCGGCGAAGGGCAGUUUGACGAGAUCGACUGGAUCCCUGUGGAUGUCCUUGCGCCCAUUCUGGCUGAACUUUCGAUUGCCAAUGCCACCGGAGAUUUCCGCAUGGACGCGAUUGAAGGCAGUUCUAAGGGAGCUCGGGUUUUCCACUGCGUGAAUCCGCGUCGUGUCCAGUGGCAGGAUAUGAUACCCGUCGUUGUAGAGGAGUUGCAAACGCCCGGUCGGAAUGCGCAAGCAGGGCAAGUCAGCGUCGUUUCUUUGCAAGAGUGGGUUGGGAAACUGCAAGCCUCGAUCGGAUCGGAGGGAGUGGGAGUUGACAUUGAUCGGAAUCCUGCAGCCAAGUUAGUCGGGUUCUACAAGCAGCUGCUGACGAAUGCUGGUCGAGUCGACACCAGCGGGGUGGCGCGGUUCUCGACUGAUAAGACAGCAGGGUUUAGCAAGGAAUUAAAGGAGUCGCAGGUAAUUCGUCCGGAGUGGAUGCGUGGCUGGAUUAGAGAGUGGCUGGACUGA